GUUGUUGAUCAAUUUGGAUGUCCUGAAUGCUUCUAUAACUGCUCAACCAAAGACAUGAUAGUCAAGCAUCUGAAACAGAAACAUGACAACACCAACAAGAAAUGGUUGAAUGUCUGUAUUCAAUCCCUCAACAAGGGUACUAACAGGGCAUUGCUCCGUGUGAAUCCUCGAAAAACUGUGCUCACUACAGCAGAACCUUGUCUUGACACAGAAGACGGUUUUGAAAAACUCAAUGAUGAGUUUCAAUCCUUCAGCUGGCAAAGAUCCAGGGCUGGUCUGCCCAUACCAAAUGCUCGCAAAAUACACCCAUUUCUAAUACGCACUCAGUGGCAUAUCCACGUCGCUGAUUUUGAAACAACGGAAUUGCGGACCUUAGUCAGGGCUUCAGAUCCUGGGGAGUACCCCCUGGUACAACGCACUAUUCAUGAAUAUUUCGUCGAUUGCAGUGGCCUUCUCAGUCUCCAAAAAACUCAUGUCUCAGUAUUGGAGCUGUUGAACUCCCCAGAGCCAGGAAAAAUCAAUAAUAAACCUCUUCAAGCUCAUCAUCAGGAGACAGUCACUUUACAGCAAUACAUUGCACUUGUGCAGAAGCUGAUAAUCAGUUUGUUGCGCAAGUCACAGAAUUAUCAAUAUCCUCAAUCUGUUGCACUGAAGACUGCAUUAGAACAGCUUGUAAUGGACCCAAAAUUAUCCGCACUCCACCAUGUUCUCAAGGCACUAUGGUUAUGCAGAUGGUAUGAUCCAGUGGACAAGCCCAAUGGCUUUCCUGAUCCUACCAUGUGUUUUAUGGCACUCAUUCAUAUCAGGCCGGAAGGCGAGUUCUCUGAUCCAAAAGACGUACCGCAGCCGAUCGCCAAACUGUCUUGGGCCAUCCGAUUAGUGGUACUUCGACAAGUACACUUGGCUGUAGCUGAUGAGCAAACAACGUUCAGCUCCCUACGUGCAAUAACCCACUAUGCGAGUGCGAUUGCUUAUAGUACUAUUUCGCCCCCCAAGAUCUGGUGGGAUGAUCAGGAGUGUUACACUAGCCUGCGCUACAAAGGCAGAAGCAUCACAGAAACCCACAUCCAUACUCUGUUUGAAAGGCUUCAGGACAAGAUAAUCAGACUCUGGGAGGACAAGAUCCUGGGAGGCCUUUCUCAUAGGGUGACGUAUGGUUCACUCGCAGACAACCUCACAAACUGCGAACCCGGCUACUCAUUCCUUGACGAUGUCGAAAAUCGCUUCUCUGAUCACUUUCAUGACUUACUUCGACUCUUCUUUGCUGAUCCUCAGUUGCGAAAGCAAUUUUUCCACGUACCUGGAGGAUCGCAAAAGUGGGAGUUCAAUUCACUCCGAUGGCGAGUUUGGUUAGCGGACUUGGCAGACCUAGAAAAGCACUUAAUACUUGCCGUGGAUAUGAUGGGAGGAGCACCAGCUCGUGGCACAGAAAUCACCUCAGUCCUCAUUCGAAACACGCCAUUUCGGGUCCGCAACAUGCGAGGACUGGGGAAGUUUGUUGCGAUGGUUCGUGAAUAUUCAAAAACCACCAACAUAAUGCAGGCAGAUAAAGUCAUCCCUCAUGCAAUGGAUGCUUUCUGUGCAGACAUAUUCAUCCAAGUUCAUGUGCUAGCCCGGCCUAUCGCACAGUACCUCGCCAGCAAGUUGUACCCAAAUGACCCCGGUGUUGCUGUUCUCUAUGGUGAAAUGGCCUUCAUGGAUGCUGGAAAAGAAUUUUCCUCCGAGAGUCUCUCCACUACGAUGGCAAAUAGCAGUCUGCCUAUUUUAGGUUGGGGACUCAAAAUUAGUGCAUGGCGUGAUGUUACCGUUGCCUUCAAACGAAAACGAUGCAACAAAACAAUGGCACUUCUGAAUGAUGAUGAGACAUUCGAGUUACACAUGCAGCAGAAUGGCCAUAGCAUCGAUGUAAAUAAACAACACUACGGGACGACUCCCUUCAGCUUCCUCGGGUACCCAGAAGAUGUCAUUUUUGCAUAUUUGAUGGUUAGCACAGAGUGGCAACGCCUGUUUCACAUUGUUCCCGGCGGAAUCCAUCUUCCCUAUUCCCAAACGUCCACAAGGAAUUACAAACAUCUUUAUGACACAGGAUUCCUGAGGACCAAGCUUUUUCCUGGUCCGAUGCUUUCACUAUCAGAGACUAGUGAAAAGAGCCAUGAUUGGCAGAUUCAUGAUACAUUACUCGAAUUUACUCGACAGCAACAAUCACGAGAUGAAGCACAUAUGCAGGAGAUUGAGAAUUUAAAAGCUACUAUUACUUCUCUCCAGCGCAGCAAUGCUGAUACUCAAAAACAAAACAAGGAAUUACACACUCUCUUAUCUGUGGCUCUACCUUUGCUUGGCAGCUUGGUUUCUAAUAAUACAGUCACCAGUCAAAGCUUAUCUCACAGUGUAAAUACAAUCACGACUUUGGCUCAUAUCUCAAAUGAUAACCUUUCCUUCAUACCUCUUGUUGCAGAUCAACAAUGCAGUCCAAGAUCCUGCAUUAGAGUCAUCCAUGUUAAAGGUGAACUCCAAUUGAGAAAAAUCCUGGAUGGCCUUCCUUAUGGCAAAGACACAGAAUUUACUUACGACAUGAUAUGUCUUCUGAAAGGAAUGUAUGGUCCUUCAAUCCAGUGGCGAUGUCAAGAACAACGUGACGCAGUAGAAGCAUUAUUGGCUCUCAGAACCGAUGUAGUGAUUGCGCUGGGAUGCGGGGUAGGCAAAACUGCAGUCAUUUUGCUUGCAAGCUUGGUGGAAAAUGGUCAUACGAUUGUUGUUACACCACUCGUUUCAUUACUUCAAGAUUGGCAGCGACGCCUCAGAACCCUCAAUAUUGCCUUCGAGCAUUACGCUGGUGCUCAAACCAAAACACUCUCGGGCCAUGCCAACAUCAUUCUGGCAUCAGCCGAUACUGCUAGAGGCAAACACUGGGAGGCUUGCUUGAAUAUGCUGUCUAGGCCUGUUUACCGUAUCGUUGUGGAAGAAGUUCACAAUCAUGCCACUGAAGCAAGCUUUCGUCGGAAAGCAUUUGCCAAUCCUUAUCAGCUUCGUAAUGCGGGGCCUGUUCAACUAGUAUUGAUGAGUGCAUCUGUUCCAGUACCACUGCUGAAUACUCUCUCAAAGUCAUUUGAGCUCCGUCCGGGGUUCAAGGUUUUCCGCACACCAGCUGUGAAGGACAAUGUCAUUUUCAUUCGGCACAAACCCCUGGGUAACGAUUCCAUCAUUGCUGAAACAGUCACUAGUUAUAUUCAAUCCUGGAAACAAGCCGGGUUUCAUAAUACGGACGACCGGUACAUUGUUUAUGUUUAUAGCACUAAACAAGGGGAAGCACUGGCAAAAUGUUUGGGCUGUGACUUCUACCACUCCGCAUCCCAAACCUAUCCCAUCACUGAUCAGGAGCGUCGAACCAUGUUAGAUCGGUGGAUUACUGGUGAUAAUAGUACUCUUGUAUCUACCACUGCCCUCUCAGCUGGUCUAGACUGCCACGGGAUAGUCAUGGCUUUCAACAUAGGCGUUCCUCCGGAGCUAAUAACAUACUAUCAGCAAACUCAUCGUCUUGUGCGAGGUGAAGGCGGCGUAGGUGUCUGUAUAUUAAUCCCGUGGCCGAAAAAGCCGGUUUCGGACCGAGGGGACAAAGACAUUCUUGCAUUGUGUGGACGAGAAGAGCUUUUGGAUUUGGCGUAUUUUGACAUCUCUGCAGAAAAUUUUCCUAUGCGCUGCUUGAGAUAUCGAAUAACAAAGUUUCUCAACGGCAGAGGUCAAACUUGUGCGGCAAUAGAUGCAACUCUAGAUCCUUGUACCGGCUGUCUCCCAGGUCAGUAUUCACCUGCUCAGGUGCUAGAUAUCUAUUGA